GCGGAAACCUGCACGAAAGCUGUUGAUGAAGAAAAUUGCAAGAAAAACCGUUCUGCAGCAACAACAAAAUAAAAACCAUAUAACUUAAUCAAUUAAAGCAAACGAUAAGAAAGCCAAAUGCAACGCAGCCAAUUAAAUGAAAAUCUGUUUAUUGUGAAUUAACUUGUGUGUCAGUGUUGAGUGAGUGUGCGUGUGUGUACCUAGUCUUAAAAGUCCCCUACCCUUAAUGAAGUGCAUUUAAAACCAAUCUAGUAGCAAAAACAGAGCUUAAUAUAUAGCCAAACAUAAAUGUCUAUUGCCAAGCCGUAUUUAAUCUAACUCUUAAAGCAAAGCAAAAGGUGCAGAAACAGCAGCAAAACCAGAGCCAAAAUCGAUAAAAAAAAUUUUAAAAUAAAAUCCCAACAUCUCCUAUGGGCCAACACCUGUGACAACAACAACAACAAUCACAUUGGUCAAAGAGUUAUUAAACGUUAUUGAAAAAGCAAACACUGCCAAAGAACGAGCAAAACAUUCAACUCGAUUCCAAUGAAGUUAAACCACCGUUUCAAUUCUGAAGAUAAAUACUAUAUGAGCAGCAUUUAAGGGGCCUACAAGCAGUAACUAACUGGGUCAAUAGGCAGCAGCAGCAGCUACUGUUGCCAACUUUUUCGCCCUCAAAACCCGAGCCAGGGCUUCCUGGCAAAUACGGCCCUGGAACAUGAACUCCUCGAGUGGUGACGAUGAGGCGCCCAAGGAUCCGCGCACCGGCGGCGAGGACUUUACUCAACAAUUUACAGAAAACGAUUUCGAGGGACACCGCGCACACACCGUUUAUGUGGGCGUGCACGUGCCGGGAGGACGACGGCAUUCGCAGCGGCGCCGCAAGCAUCACCACAGCGGCGGCGGCACAGGUGCCGCAGCGGGCGCAGCAGCUGCUGUUGGCGGCGCCGCUGGCGCUGGCAGAGACAGCAGCAGCGACAAGCAACAGGAAGUGGAGCGUCCAGUGACGCCGCCCGCACAACGUGUACAGUUUAUAUUGGGCGAGGAUGUGGAUGUGGAUGGCUCGCAUGUGUCGCAUCCUCUGUUCUCGGAGAUGGGCAUCCUGGUGAAGGAGGGCGAUGAGAUUGAGUGGAAGGAGACGGCACGCUGGAUUAAGUUCGAGGAGGAUGUGGAGGAGGGCGGCAAUCGCUGGUCCAAGCCCCAUGUGGCGACGCUCUCGCUGCACUCGCUGUUCGAGCUGCGUGGCCUGCUCCUCAAUGGCAGCGUCAUGCUGGACAUGGAGGCCAAUAAUCUGGAGCUCGUGGCCGAUCUCGUCUGCGAUCAUUUGGUCAGCGGCGGCAAGCUGCCCGCCGGCGUCAAGGACAAGGUAAAGGAUGCGCUACUGCGCCGACAUCGCCAUCAGCACGAGUACGCAAAGAAGUCGCGAUUGCCCAUCAUACGUUCCCUGGCGGACAUGCGCAAUCAGUCGUCAUCAAAAAUGGAAGAACAGUCUGGCAACGCUUUAAUGGCUACCACGCCGCUAUCGCUGACCGCCAGCGAGCCCGGACCCCCUGGCAAUACCAAUGGCAGUACCAAUGCACUGGGAAUGGGAUUGGGAAUGGGAAUGGGGCGUUUUCUAACGGUGCCCGGCAAGCCCAGCAACAGAACGCUUGAGAAAAAAUCAAAUUCCAAAAACUUGCGGCCACCACAAAAACUGCCCAUGAUAACAGAGGACAUGGUCAAGAGUCCCAGCAGCCAUUCGAUGGCCAGACAGACCAGCGGCACGGAGCUGGCCGAGCAACAACACAAGGGUAAUACGCAUUUUAUGCGGAAAAUACCACCGGGAGCGGAGGCAAGCAACAUUCUAGUGGGCGAGGUGGACUUCCUAGAGCGCACACUCUCCUGUUUCAUACGUCUCAGCCAGGCGGCAGUCAUGGGCGAUCUGACCGAGGUGCCAGUGCCAACCAGAUUCAUUUUCAUACUGCUGGGUCCGCCGGGCAGCCAGAGCAAUUUCCAUGAGAUUGGACGUGCCAUGGCCACGCUGAUGUCGGACGAGAUCUUCCAUGAAGUUGCUUAUAGGGCACGCAAGCGGGAUCAUUUGCUCGCCGGCGUGGAUGAGUUUCUGGAUGCGGUUACAGUAUUACCACCAGGGGAAUGGGAUCCAACCAUACGGAUUGAGCCGCCGGCGGCUAUACCAUCGCAGGAGGUGCGCAAGCGACCGCCCGAGCUGCCCAAGGAGGAGAUCGACGAGGAGGAGGAGGAGCAACGUUUGCGCGAAGAGUCGGGACUCUCGCGCACGGGUCGCCUAUUUGGCGGUCUGAUCAAUGAUAUUAAGCGCAAGGCGCCUUGGUACUGGAGCGAUUACCGUGAUGCGCUCUCCAUGCAGUGCGUGGCCUCAUGGAUUUUCCUGUAUUUCGCCUGCUUGUCCCCCAUCAUUACGUUCGGCGGCCUGCUGUCGGAGGCCACAGGCAAGAAUAUGGCGGCAAUGGAGUCGCUUGUGUCUGGAUUUGUUUGCGGCAUGGGUUAUGGCUUCUUUUCCGGUCAGCCGUUAACAAUUUUGGGUUCCACCGGUCCAGUGCUGGUCUUCGAGUCAAUUGUCUAUGAGUUCUCGAUGGCUCAGGGUUGGGACUAUAUGACAUUCCGGUUCUGGAUCGGCAUGUGGGUCGCCGUCAUUUGUGUCGUGCUGACCGCGAUCGAUGCCAGUGCGCUCGUCUGCUAUAUAACACGCUUCACCGAGGAGAACUUUGCCACCCUUAUCGCGGUUAUCUUUGUCUACAAGGCCAUCGAGAAUGUGUUUGUCAUUGGGAAGACCUUCCCGGUCAAUCAGGGCAUUUACGAUUGCAUCUGUACUCCGCCACUGUACAGUAAUGCCAGCGUCCUGGACUUUGCCAAGUACAAAUGGGACUCCUGUGAGUCUUACAAUGGCACACUGAGUGGCACCGAUUGCGGCCGGCCACCCACCGAGAACGUCUUCCUUAUGUCCGUGGUUUUGUGCUCGGGUACAUUUAUCUUCUCCACCAUUCUCAAGGAAUUCAAGAAUGCCCUGUUCUUCCCUUCGAUUGUGCGACAAUACAUUAGCGAUUUCUCCGUUCUGAUUGCCAUCUUUGCCAUGACCUUCUUCGACUACUCGCUCGGCGUGCCCACACAGAAACUGGAGGUGCCCCAUGAGCUGAAGCCCACGUUGAGUACACGUGGCUGGCUUAUACCGCCGUUUACCGAGAAGAAUCCUUGGUGGUCGCCGAUCAUUGCGGUAUUCCCAGCACUGCUCGGCACUAUACUCAUCUUUAUGGAUCAACAAAUAACGGCCGUGAUUGUCAAUCGCAAGGAGAACAAGCUGAAGAAGGGCUGCGGCUAUCACUUGGAUCUGUUUGUGCUCUCCGGCCUGAUUGCAAUCUGCAGUGUAAUGGGUUUGCCCUGGUUCGUGGCGGCCACUGUGCUGAGCAUCAAUCAUGUGAAUUCGCUGAAACUGGAAUCGGAGUGCAGUGCCCCUGGCGAGAAGCCGCAGUUCUUGGGAGUGCGCGAGCAGCGCGUGACCCACAUCAUGAUCUUCCUGACCAUUGGCGGUUCGGUGCUGUUGACACCGCUGCUCGGACACAUACCAAUGCCGGUGCUCUUUGGCGUCUUCUUGUACAUGGGCGUGGCCUCGCUCAAGGGUCUGCAGUUCUUCGAUCGCAUUCUAAUCAUGUUCAUGCCAGCCAAAUAUCAGCCGGACUACAUGUUCCUGCGUCAGGUGCCCAUCAAGCGUGUGCAUCUGUUUACCAUUAUACAGUUGGCCUGUCUGAUUAUCUUGUGGCUGAUUAAGAGCUUCUCGCAGACCUCGAUACUCUUCCCGCUGAUGCUGGUGGUAAUGAUUGGCAUACGCAAGUCCUUGGACUUUGUGUUCACGCGACGUGAGUUGAAAAUACUUGAUGAUAUUAUGCCAGAGAUGACGAAACGUGCGGCCGCGGAUGAUCUGCAUCAACUGGACGCUGAGGACAAUCAUCAUCAGCAUCAACAGCCGCCCGGCACAGGAAGUGUUGCCUACAAUGCCAAUAAUGCGAACGCAACAGCGGGUGCCACAACCAUACACAUACCGUUAUCUGGCAACAAAAUGGGCAGCACUGCGGCGGGACCUGUGCCCCCAGUGGAAGUGAAUCGUGCGACUGUCUGGAAACAGAUCAACAAGGACGGCACCUCCGAGCAGCUGAUUAUACCCGUGACCGUUAAAGUUCGUCAAAUCAAUGGCAAUCAUACCUCGACAAACGCCGCCCUUUCGCCACGCCUAUCGCCCAUGCACGAGGCCGAUGAAUAUAACGAAACCCCAAACAAGACGCCAGCACAACUGCUCCCAGCGAAUCAACAGCAGCCGAGCAACUGCAAGGAGGCGGCUGCCAAGCUAGAAUGUGGCGCCAUUGCCGCCGCACAAGCCCCGGCCAACGUAACGCCCGUCUAAGCGGUGCUCCAUGGGCACCACAGUAAUACCAAAAUACCAAAAUACCAAACUACCUAAACUAAAGGGUGUUAGAGAGAACACAAAAUGCGUAGAACAAAUGCACAACGUUUAUUAGAUCGUAUCAGAAUGGGACUACAAGCUUAACGUACAUAAGCCUAUCCAAAGUGUGAAUGUCGAAUAUAUACAUACCAGUAUCAUAACUAAUUAUAUAUAUAUACAAAUUAUUCGUAGCGGUUUUUAUGACAAAGUUUGGUAAACAUUUUUAAGUGUCCCCGUAGCAUUUACCAUCUAACUAAAUAGUUGACGGUAAAAAGAAAAAAAAAAAGAUAAAUAUGCAGAAAUUUCACAGCAUGCGUUUGUCGUAGAUUUUGGGCUCAGGUACAAGUUUUAGAAGUAUUAAUUUAAAAUAUUUUAUGGCUCAAAAGCCGUAAAGUGGUAUAUGCAUUCCAAAGAAACUAUAUAUAUACACUUUUUUAACGGAAUUUUACAACAACACACGAAACAGUGUCAAUUCAACAUGAAAUCUCCCAAGAUCAACAAGCUAUAACUAUCUACAAAAAAUGAUUCUCUUAUGUGUUUGCUUACAAUUUGGCAGGCUCGAUUUUAGUUAAUAUGGGUUGGAUAAGCUGUGAUCUUAUUGUAGGGAGCGGGGUAUGGGGGAAGGAAUCAGUGAAAGGCCGUCUUAGAAAAAUUUAGCCAGAACAUACAUAAUAAUAUACUUAAAAUAAACCAAAAACAACUGUAAGCAAAUGUAUUAUAAUUUAUGCAGUAUACUAAGUUAUGAUUGAAACUCAAACAUACACACACACACACACACACACACACAUCUAAACGUUAAAUAUACGUAUAAAUAUUGAAUAAAAGUGAAAAUUAUAUAUCUGUAUGUUUCAUUUUGUGCGCCCCAAAAAAACUAGUUCUAGUCUGUUUUGUUUCAGUGUAUUUUGUGCUUAGUUCUCAGUGUGGCACAUUGUACAUACAUACAUAAAGCACCAAUUAAAUCUUGGUAUCUGCCUGCUCUCCCAUCAAGCAUCUAUCAAUCAGUCAAUCAAUCAAACAUCAAUUCACGAUCGAAAAACUCAUUUGCAUCGUGUUGAUGUCUAACUACUUCAUAGAAUGCUCGUAAACAAUCUUGUCUUGUAAUAACCCAAAACUUGAUACGACGAAGCAAUUGUGGCGUGGAUAUCUUACAUCAACGGAAACAUCCGUUUGAAUCGAUGAUUUAGUUUGGCUGUAAGCGCCAUCAAAAUAUUUAUUGUAUUUAUAAAACAAUUAUAUGUCUAUAUUUAUGGUAUUAUAUGUAUACCGUUAGCGUAACCGUCCCUCUAUUGAAUUUCUUGUGCAUUUUCAUGGCACAAAACUGCAACAAACAAACACACAUAUACACAUAUACACAAACAUUUAAUUUAAUUAUUGCAAUGUUAACAUAUCAAUACAAAAAACAACAGAAACCCUUCAAUCGACCUGCUUCUGAAUUUAUUAUGAAUAAAUGUUUUAAAUGUG